UUUGCCUCACUGACUCAAAUCACCAUGAAUAAGGCUGCGGCUCUGCAGAGAAAGAAGAGAAAAGAUUUUAUACCUUACUUUCUGGGAUUUGUAAUAUUUUUGUAUUGCACGGUCCACCUUGUGUCAUUUACAGCAGAAACAGCUCAGGAAACCCACUCUGUCAGGGUGCGUCGGGCUCUUGAAAAUGAGACAGAGUGCAUCUCACCACAGUCCUCCGAGUUUCCUGAGGGCUUCUUCACGGUGCAGGAGAGGAAGGAUGGAGGGCUCGUCAUUUAUUUUAUGAUUAUAUUCUACAUGCUUUUGGCUGUCUCAAUAGUCUGCGACGAUUACUUUCUGCCAUCUUUAGAAGUGAUUAGUGAACGUCUGGGACUGUCUCAGGAUGUAGCAGGAGCCACAUUUAUGGCAGCUGGGAGCUCUGCACCAGAACUGGUGACAGCCUUUCUGGGUGUUUUUGUGACAAAGGGAGACAUUGGGGUCAGCACCAUCGUGGGGUCAGCAGUCUACAACCUGCUAGGGAUCUGUGCUGCAUGUGGACUCUUGGCCUCUAUGGCAGGGCGUCUAUCUUGUUGGCCACUCUUCAGGGACUGCCUGGCAUAUGGCAUCAGUGUUGCUGCUGUUAUUGCCAUAAUUUCUGAUAACAAGGUGUACUGGUAUGAUGCAGCCUCUCUGCUGCUGGUCUAUGGCGUCUACAUUGUGGUUCUGUGCUUUGACCUUCACAUCAGCGAGUUUGUCCUGAGGAGGGUGAGCCCUUGCUGCACCUGUCUGGGUAAAGGAUCUAGGGAGAAGACUGAGAUACAGCCUCUGAUGGGCUGGAGCGACGACACCAGUCUGCGAGUCCACAGUCGCUCCAGGACUGACAGCGGCAUCUUCCAGGAUGACUCUGGAUACUCUCACCUGUCUCUCAGCCUGCAUGGCCUCAAUGAGAUUCCUGAAGAGCAUAAGAGCGUGUUUUCCGUGCCGGAGAGCGACCUGAAACGGAUCCUCUGGGUUCUGUCUCUGCCCAUCAUCACUCUACUGUUUCUGACCAUCCCCGACUGCAGGAGGAGAUUCUGGAGGGGGUGGUUCAUGAUAACCUUCAUUAUGUCAGCUGUCUGGAUCUCCAGUUUCACAUACGUGCUGGUGUGGAUGGUCACUGUUGUUGGUGAGACCCUCGACAUCCCUGACACAGUUAUGGGACUCACUUUGCUAGCUGCUGGAACCAGUAUACCUGACACCGUGGCCAGUGUGAUGGUGGCCAGAGAAGGGAAAGCUGACAUGGCCAUGUCCAACAUAGUGGGCUCUAAUGUUUUUGACAUGCUCUGCCUGGGCCUGCCUUGGUUCAUCAAGACCGCCUUUGUGGACACCAGCAACCCUGUAGAGGUCAACAGCACUGGACUGGUCUUCAUUUCCUCCACACUCCUGCUUUCGAUCGUUUUCCUUUUUGUAGCUGUUCACGUUAACGGAUGGAAACUAGACUGGAAGCUGGGACUUGUUUCUCUCACAUGCUACAUCCUCUUUGCCACUCUGUCCAUCCUGUACGAGUUGGGAAUUAUUGGGAAUAAUCCCAUAAGACUGUGCGGUGACUGAGAUUUGACCUUCUCAGGACUGAAGCCAUAUUUUCUGACUCCAAUAGUCCGAAAACACAACAAAAAUGUUAAGCCUAUAAAUCUUCAAAUGUCAAGACAAGAAGACAUGGUCCCACUCACAUGCUUUUUAAGAUACUGUUCCAUGGAGGACGUGUCCUGGUCAUAUCUCAGGAAGAGGUUGAUCUCAGUAAUAUUUGUCUUCCACCUUACUCAAGGCCCAUUAAUGGAAAAUGUGCCAUCAGACUGACUGCUGAGUUCAAAUAACUUCAGAACUGUCAACAAAUAAAAGGUGUCAACUCAUUUGGCCUUGUCCUUCUUUUCAGGUGGGUUGGUAACUUAAAACAAAAGAGAGUCAUCAUCUAGAUGUCACUGAUAAGCUUUUAUGAGCAAGUCCUUAGUGCCUGCAAGGAAGAGUGUUGGAAGUCAUAAAUGGUGAAAAACAAACAAAAGAAAUUUUCCACUUCUUCUGUUCCCUAAAACAGAAUCGCUGUUUUUUCAGUUGUUUAUAAUUAACAAAACUUAUACGAACUUCAGAUCUGAUCUACACUUGCAAUAACACCAAUAUGAUCAAAAGUAGCAAUUCUGUCCUACCAAAACAAAAAAUACCUCAGAUCUUCGAGGUCUGGGAAUUUAGAUUUCUUCCUGUGACUAGUGUUGGAGAUCACGCCUAAAAAAAAAAAAACAUACAUUCUGUCCUUACAUUAUAACAACUGCUGCCUUUGUGAUCAAUGCAGAAUUUCCCAACUUUUAAGAGGCCACUGUAUGGCAGUGUUGAGCAAUAUUGCUUAAUAGAUCAACACCUCAGGUUCAGUUUACACACUGAAGAAUGCAAACUUUGAUACUUUGUUCUCAGGAGAUUUUACAACCACCAGGUUUAAAAAUUAAAAAGUUUAUUUGUUCAAAUAAACUGCCUGACAAAUUAAAAAGGGCUUACAAAACAAAGAUAAAAGAACUAUAAACAAAAAAAUUGAAA